AUGUUGCCGCUCCUGCUGGCCCUGCUGGGCCCGGCCGCCUGCUGGGCCCUGGGCCCGGCCCCGGGCUCAGCGGAGCUGCGCUCAGCCUUCUCGGCCGCACGCACCACCCCGCUGGAGGGCACGGCGGAGAUGGCGGUGACCUUCGACAAGGUGUACGUGAACAUCGGGGGCGACUUCGACGCGGCCACCGGCCAGUUCCGCUGCCGCGUGCCCGGCGCCUACUUCUUCUCCUUCACGGCGGGCAAGGCGCCGCACAAGAGCCUGUCGGUGAUGCUCGUGCGCAACCGCGACGAGGUGCAGGCGCUGGCCUUCGACGAGCAGCGGCGGCCCGGCGCGCGGCGCGCCGCCAGCCAGAGCGCCAUGCUGCAGCUCGACUACGGCGACACGGUGUGGCUCCGCCUGCACGGCGCCCCGCAGUACGCGCUCGGCGCGCCCGGCGCCACCUUCAGCGGCUACCUGGUGUACGCCGACGCCGACGCGCCUGCGCGCGGCACGCCCGCGCCCCCCGAGCCGCGCUCGGCCUUCUCGGCGGCGCGCACGCGCAGCCUGGUGGGCUCGGACGCGGGCCCCGGGCCGCGCCACCGGCCGCUCGCCUUCGACACGGAGCUCGUCAACAUCGGCGGCGACUUCGACGCGGCGGCCGGCGUGUUCCGCUGCCGCCUGCCGGGCGCCUACUUCUUCUCCUUCACGCUGGGCAAGCUGCCGCGCAAGACGCUGUCGGUGAAGCUGAUGAAGAACCGGGACGAGGUGCAGGCCAUGAUUUACGACGACGGCGCGUCGCGGCGCCGCGAGAUGCAGAGCCAGAGCGUGAUGCUGGCGCUGCAGCGCGGCGACGCCGUCUGGCUGCUGAGCCACGACCACGACGGCUACGGCGCCUACAGCAACCACGAUCCCAAACAGGAAGAGGGGCACCUGGCAUCUCUGACAAGAAGCUUACUUUGCUACUCUCGCAGAAGGCAGACUUUCUCCUGGCCCAGCAACAAGCUCGGUGAAUGAGAAACCGUCACCACCCUGCACUCUCAGCUUUCCUCCAAUGGACUUUCCUUCAAAGCAGCCCCUCCCCAUUUCCUUCUUUUUCUCUAUACAGCUCCUCUCCUUUGGUUUGCCCAACUUGACUUGCCUAUGGUUCAGCCAGAGUCUGGCUAUUCCGAAUUGCAAUUCCUCUGCCAUUCCCAAAUAAACCUUGCUGGCAGAAGAACUGGCUGUUUUAUUUUAAGAUCGACAAAGAGCAUAACGCUAUCUACCUCAUAAGAUUGUUGGGAGGACUACAUAAGAUCCUUCACUAAAACGCUUAGCAAGUUGCCUGGCACACAAUAAUCACUCAAUUAACGUGAGCUACUAUUCUAACAGCGCUCUGAAGCCCAGAGGUUAUGUUUACUGCUUUCAAAGAGCGGACCGUUUAAUCAAAGAAAAAGGGAACUUGGAAAUGGACAUGGGUCAAGCAGGGACGUAACAGAAAGACUUAGGGCAUAGGGAAGGCCCGAUCCUGCCUGCAGAGUGAGGAUCACCGCAGUCAGGUCUCCAAGGGCAGGCAGAGAUUUGCCAGGAGGACGCAGGGAAGGGCAUCCCAGAGCAAGAACAAACAUCGGAGGAAGGGAGCAAAGCAUCCCCCGCCUGGAAUCCCGACAAGGGCCCGGCCCGCACAU